ACACUGGAGUCAAGCAUCAGGGGAGGGUGGUCGGGGUUAUAUAAACAAGUUGCAAGACAGAUAACGGACAGAUGGAUGCGAUUAGUCGCAACGCCACGUUGGAAUUAUCUUUGUGUUCAUAAAUUAACAGGAAAAGGAGUCAACCUGCGGCCGACACGUCUUAUGGAGACUGCCAGGAUCCACUCAGGGAUCGGAAGGACGAUUGGACAGCAUUUUUGUUGAAGUCAAAGCUGUGGGGGGGUGAAGAUCCGUGGUGAGCCACCCGGGUGUUUGCCAGUUUGAGGGCUGCUGGCUGUUAAAAGCCAUUGUGUUUGCAGUGGCAUGUAGAGCAGGAGGGUCGUGUUCGGUAUACUAACUUUAUCCCCCGAUCAUUGAAAAAGUACAGGGAUCUCUCACUAUUGUUGGCCUAAAAGAAAGCAGGUAUUUAGGUGAGUGUGUAGAGCCUAUGCUGGGUCCAAGCAUGUCUAGUAGCUUGUGAUUAUCCCAUUCAAAAGACGACAAAGCCUUGCCUCCAUUGUCCGUUUUCUUUGACCUGCUCCACCUGUAAAACACUUUGACUCAGCUCUCAAUCGAAUUUUAUUUAACCUCCGCUCUCUACAGAUGAGUAGCGGCGAGAUAGAGUCCCCGUGUCUCCGGAGAUCUGGCCGUUUGGGCUUCCCGCUGACUGGCUCCUGCUGAUAUGUCGAGCCAGUGGUUAAAAGACGGUGCGCGCUCAUUGUUGCCCUAGAUUCAUGAGUCCUCCGGGGGGUUGUUGCGAUGCAUUUUGCUGUGGUUCAAAAGUUUGCAUGCAGCGGUGGAGAUAAACUUGCCUUUCUCAGCCUCUUAUGACUGGAAGUGAUGUUUCCGGUGCGUAGAACUAGCUUAGCAUAUUGUGGUUUACAGUCGGGAUGAGCUAAUUGUGUUGAUGGCAUAGAAUGCUGUGUUGCAGGUCUCCUCUUGUAGCUUGUGGUAGAAAAUAGGUGGCCCAGCAGUACUGUUGUUUGCAACUAAGCGCCUGCAUUGUUUCACGUUCUAAGUAGCACAAACUCAAGCUCAUUUGCAUGCGUGUUGUCGUCAAGGCGUCUCAUUACUACCUCCUGGCAAGCGACUUUCCAAGCUAAAGUGCGUCGAACAACAACUCGUGUCUGCUUGAGACAAACCCCAGCAAGUGCACAAAUUAGUUUGUGUGUAGACUUGUUAGUCAGCAACAGUGCAGGCCGGGUGUUACAGAGGAUCCAUUGAUUGUAAAGUGCACAUCAAUACACAAUGAGGCCCGUUCCGUGCGCUGUCUUCAGUCGCCAUGGCCGCUGCCACCCUCCUGCGGCCAUCCCACUGGCCCUGCGCAGCCUGGUCCUGGUGCCACUCCUUCUCGGAUUCACCCCUUAUUGUCAGGCGGUCCAGGCGGAGAAUGUCACAGUCUUGGAAGGGGGCACAGCCCAGAUCUCCUGCCGCCUGCAGAACUACGACGGAUCUAUUGUGGUCAUCCAGAACCCUCGCCGGCAGACUCUUUUCUUCAAUGGCACGCGGGCCCUAAAAGACGACCGCUUCCAAAUGGUUCUCUUUACGCCGCGGCUGGUGCGCAUCACUUUGACCAACGUGAGCGUGUCCGACGAGGGCGGUUACUUCUGCCAGCUCUACACUGAUGACACGCACCACCAGGUGGCCACGCUGGCCGUCUUGGUGCCCCCUGAGACACCCACCGUGGAGGUGAAGCAGGACGCCGUGGAGGGAGGAGAGGUGGAGCUCAGCUGCGUGUCGCCGCGCAGUAAGCCGGCCACGACGCUUCGAUGGAUGAGAAACGGCCGGGAGAUUCCUGGUGUGGUAUCCCAGCAGGACAACGGGAAGACCUUCAGCGUAACCAGCACCAUCCAGCUCCCUGUUGAAAGGAAAGACAAUGGGGCGGCGUUGAGCUGCGAGGCACUCCACCCAACGCUGGGCAACCAGAAGAGGAUUCGACACUAUCGCCUGGAUGUGUACUUUGCACCAACCGUGAGGAUUGUCCCUCCCCCUGGCAUUUUGCGAGAGGGUGACUCACUGAGCCUGACCUGCUCCGUCACCGCCAAUCCUCUGCCCAGGAACAUCCAGUGGUCCAAGAUCAAUGACACCUUACCCGAGCGGGCCGAGAUAUCCGGACCCACCUUCCAGAUUUCCCGCCUGAGCCAAUCGCACAACGGCACGUACUUGUGUCAGGCACAGAACAACUAUGGACGAGCCGCCGAUCACUACACUCUGCUGGUCUAUGAUAAUGUGUCAGCCCCUCCUACUCCAACCACCCAUCCAAUCACCACCCAUCCCUCCACCCCAACCCUCCUCCUCCCAUCGGACCCGAAAGAUCCCGGUGCAGUGGUGGAGACUCACAGCACAGUACCGUACGCAGUCAUAGGGGGCGUGCUCGCACUGCUGGUGUUCACCGUCAUCUGCGUCCUCAUCGUCACCAUCUGGUGCUCCGUCCGCCAGAAAGGCUCAUACCGCACCCGAGAGCCCAUUCUUGCUUGGUACUGACCUAACAAAGCUAACUAAUGCAUUAACCUGUCAGGUUCCUACCUUACCCACGAGGCCAGCGGCUUGGAUGAACACGGCGAGGUGCAGGAAGCCUUCCUCAACGGAAAUGACGCCAGCCAGGGCAAGAAGGAGUACCUACUGUAGCCCUUUGACCCUAUGUCCUUCCUUUCCUUUUCCCGCCCAUCCCACCUUACAUACACACAUUUGUACACAACACGUGACACUUUCAUUGAAUCUAUAGAGCCAAACGCCAUUAACGACUGUGCCAUAAAUGUCAAAGAAAAUUGGGGAUAAUCGCAAAAAGUGAUGGAGCUCAUCUAUAAUUCCAGGAGAGAAUGGAAAGGAGUCUCUGGGAAGUAUUCAUACUUUAUGAACAAGCUAACUGUCUUGUUUGGGCGCGGCUUAAGUGAUUCCUCCUUCCCUUUCUGGUUUUGACACAUGAGGGAAAGGUGCUUCUCUUUUCCCUCUCCGUCAUAUCUCUCCUGUUUCCAGCCCUCCCCUUUUGUUGGCUCACUGUAAUGAAAGGAUUAGCGUCGAGCCUCGCCUUGCCGACAAAGAAGAAAGGAAUAUGACUCGCAAAGACAUUAAAGAAAAGCUUAAUUAUUUUAGAACGUCAUUAAGGGGAUAAAAUGGUUUAAGUCGUCAUGGGAAGGGCAAAAGGGGGUGGCGGUGGGAUGGCACUGGAUGAGACCAUUUCUGAAUGCUACAUACACACACACACACAUUCAUUCAUAUGUAAACAUAUUGACAAAGCGAGUAUACAUAUCUCAGAAUUCCUUAUUUGUAUAAAAAAAAAAGAAUGAGAGCAGUAAAUUAAACUUUUCAGAGAAGAGAAACUGUUUACUAUUGCAUUAUGAAACUACUAUACUAACACAGAAUAUUAGCCUAUAGAGCAAACUACUGUCCAGUGAUCUUUAAAGAAAAAACAUUGUAAAAAAAAACAAAAAAAAAAAGCGUCUUUAUCAGCAACCUACAAAGGAGUAUUAGGGCCACAAUGAAACAUAAAAAAAGAGUUACACCAGAAGAAUAAGGGUGCUUUGUUAUGAGAAAAAAGUCUUAGCAUUUUUGAAAAUAACUUUGUAUUUUUGUUUCCACAGGAAAUCAAUUAAUCAGUUCCAGGGUCAAACUGUCCCCAUUAUAAUGUCUUUUCUUAAUUGUCCAGGCAAUAUUUUAAGUCACAUUUGAACAAUCACACAAGUAUGAAGAGAUGUUAACUACUACAUAAUAAAACUAAAAUAAAGCAAAACUACUCACCCUUUGAAGACACAUCAUGGAGAGCGAUACUGACACCAAGUGGUGUAUUGUAAGUAUUGCUAGCAUUAUUGAAGCCUUGCUAUAUUUAUUGGACUGAGCAGCCAGGCCUUUCUCUAUGCCCAGUUCUAUGGUUAUCACCCUUUUCCUCUUUGCCAUCACCGGCACCCUUCUGUGGCGGCAUCACUAAAAAAAAGAAAAUCACUAAUAAAAGCCAAAUAAAAAGCAAAACACACCGCUUUAUAUGCAAACUGAGCUUAAUUCUCCCAAAUCUUGUUUGACUUCUGUUCCAUUUUGAGUUUGUAUGCAAUAUUUAAUGAUCUCAAACUGGUUCCUGAUGAAACGUUGAAAUUCGGUUAAAAUUUUAGCUUUGUUUCGACCUUUUCUUUUGGUAAAAAAAAAUGUUACGAUUUUACUCUCAUAACUUUGCAAGCUUUUCUCAUGCUUUUUUUUUUCUUUUCAGCGUGGCACUCCUUUGUAGAAAAGGUCUUAUUGAGUUAUUUUUUAAUGAAUUAUUCUUGUUUGAACAAAUAUGAUUGUUGCUACUGUUAUUAUUAUUAUUAUUGACGUUGUUAUUACGACAAUUGUAAAUGUUAUUGAAAUGUACACUUCCCAUGCUUUGUUUUUAAUUCUACUGUAGAGCAGUUGCUGUCUUCUUUUUUUGCCCCACGAUUGUCCUGCGAACUUUCCUCAGCCCCCUCCUCCCCUUCCCCGUCUCCUGUGCCCAGUCGUCUUCUCUUUCCUCCCUCGUCUUUCACUGUUUAUUUUAGUGUCCAUGUGUCAUUGUUGAUAUAUAGCUAACUAUUCCUUUUUAGGGGAAAGAUAAAAAAGCACGACGAAAUAAACAAAAAAAAAUUACAAAAAAAACCUUUGAUUUGUUUUUCUUUCAUGUAAUUAGCAGGUGCUGUUUUGCUCCCAUCUGAGAAGAGAGAGAAGGAGACGGAGCAUGUGAUUAAAUUGAUGGGGAAUAGUGGAGCUAU